AUGAAGUUUCAGGUAGAGCGCCCCUCGAAGUCUCCGCCACUACCAAUGAGAGACAAUAGUUGCCGACACUCCAAUGGACGAGAAACAGACGUCAACGAGGGCGAAUGGAAUAAUCAAUUGAAAAGUAAAGGCAAAUCAUCGUUAUUGUGGGCUAUUUUCACAUCGUUCGGACCCGAACUUAUUGUCCUUUAUAUCCCCGAUGCAAUCAAGGAAUUGGGACUGAGUUUGUUUCAGUCGUAUUGUAUAGUUUAUUUGGUGAGAUAUUUCAACAAUGACCCCAACACUAGCCAGUGGUGGGCCAUAUGGGCAGCCGUGGGUAUUGUGUUGACCGGAAGUAUAUACCUGUUUGUCCUAAAUCUAAAUUGGGCCGCGUUCAGCAAAGUGGGGGUCAGAAUACGGGCCGCUUGUUGUGCCCUAAUCUACCACAAGUUACUGCGUUUAAGUCAUUCAUCACUCGGACAAACAACUGGUGGCCACUUAUUGAACAUUAUGUCCAACGAUAUACAGAGAUUUGAUCAGUUUGCAAUUUAUUCGCGAUCAUUGUUUGUGGCGCCACUGCAGUCGGCGAUUGUGUUAUACCUGUUGUGGUCACACUUGCGGUGGGCGUGUCUGACGGGAAUGGGAAUACUCGCGCUGUUUAUACCAUUUCAAGUACUAAUGAGUCGUAUGUUUGGAAGUAUACGGGAAAAGACGGCCGAAUUAACUGACAGUCGAAUCCGUUUAAUGCAAGAGAUUAUCGCCGGAAUGCGUGUCAUAAAGAUGUACGCCUGGGAACAGCCCUUCGCACAGUUGGUGGCAAUCGCUCGCAAGGCUGAAGUAAAACAAAUCCGUUUAUCAAGCGUUAAUCUUUCGCUGUAUUUUGUUUUAAUACGGAUUAUAAUAUACGCCUGUUUUCUAACAUAUAUACUGAUGGGCGAGAAGUUGUCGGCGGAGACGGCGUUCGCCACAAUUGCCUACUUUAAUGCCUUGCGUUGGGGAAUAGGAAUGAACGCACCCCUGGCUAUAGCCGCUCUCAGCGAGUUAAUCAUAGUCAUCAAACGUAUCCAGAAUUUUCUAUUACUCGAAGAGAUGAGUGGUUUGGAUGAGAGGGAAGGGAAAGACAACGAGGCGUUCAUUUCGGGAGAAAAUGAGAUAAUUCUCGGAGUAAUGGAAAACACUUUUAGUAAUAAAGAAAAAGGCGUUUUUAUGGAUAAUAUGAGCGUUCGUUGGAAUAAAGAUAUGACUGAACCCACGCUUCGGGACAUUAGUCUGAGUGUAGAACCCGGACAACUGUUGGCUGUCGUCGGGUCGGUUGGCAGCGGAAAGAGCUCACUAUUGAUGUCAAUACUGAAUGAGAUAUCGCUAGUGUCGGGUCGAGUGGUAGUGAGGGGUCGGGUGUCGUACGCGCCGCAGGAGUCGUGGGCUUUCAUAGCGAGUGUUCGACAGAAUAUUCUGUUUGGCUCUCAAUAUAAUGAAGAGAAAUACAAUCGAGUGAUAUCGCUAGUGUCGGGUCGAGUGGUAGUGAGGGGUCGGGUGUCGUACGCGCCGCAGGAGUCGUGGGCUUUCAUAGCGAGUGUUCGACAGAAUAUUCUGUUUGGCUCUCAAUAUAAUGAAGAGAAAUACAAUCGAGUGGUGAAGGCGUGCGCUUUGGACACAGAUUUCAAACUCAUGCCAUUUGGAAACAAAACACUUGUGGGGGAGAGAGGGCUGGCAUUGAGUGGCGGACAGAAGGCUAGGCUGAGUCUGGCCCGGGCUCUGUACCACUCGGCAGACAUCUACCUCUUGAACGACCCCUUGAGUGCUGUCGACACACAUGUGGCCAAACAUAUCUUCCAGAAAUGUUGUGUUGAGUACCUGAAAGACAAGGCGACUAUUUUAGUGACGCAUAACAUCCAGUUUCUCUGUGACGCGCAUCAAAUACUUGUGCUCAACGACGGCGAGUGUGUGGCCAUCGGGUCCUACGCUCAGCUCAAAGAGCGCGGCAUUGAUCUCAUGGCAUAUCAGAGACAAACCAAUGAAACAACUCAUACCAGAGCUGUGAAGAGAAGGACAUCUAUCACACCAUCGAUUGUCUCAUCCCUUAGCGAGGGAUCGGAUGUGACGGACGUUAGGAAACCGAUAGAAGUGGACGAACAGGAAGUGAAGGCCGAACUCAAAAUGAUUGGAUCCGUUGAGACCACUGUUUAUAUGGAUUACAUUAAGGCCGGCGCCGGACCUAUGCUAAUAACACUUACCAUAUUGACUAAUGAAAUGAUCAAAAACUCGGAACAAGUUGACCAGACAUUCUACUUUAUUAUCUACACGAGUCUAACCACUGGUCUGUUUGUGUCGGCCCUGUUGUCCACCAUUUGUUUCUACAUAAUGUGUAUGAGAUCUUCGGUUAAUCUCUAUAACAGAAUAUUCUAUGCGUUAUUGCGAUCACCGAUACAUCUGUUUGAGAGUUCACCCAUUGGACGAAUACUAAAUAGAGUUUCAAAAGACACGGGAAUUGUGGACGAAAUGUUACCAUCGGUUGCCUUUGAAUUCAUAAUUAAUUUGUGUUUAAUUAUUGGAUGUCUUAUACUGAAUGCAAUCGUCAGUUGGAUAUUGAUAUUCCCGGCGAUACUGUUAAUAAUAUUGGUGUUUAUUUGUCGCUAUUUUUAUAUCAAAUCCGCGCGGGAUAUACAACGUAUGGAAGGG